AUGGAAGACUCAGUCGAAAAUCCUUCCGAUGUUUCAAAAAACAACUCGAUCGACUCUUUAGAGAGUACUGGCCUUUCGCGGCCCGCUGUCGCUUCGUUUGGCUCCUUCGACAACCCUCAGCGACACCGACAACGGAAUCCCCGAGCACGGCGUCCGGUGAAGGAAACACUGGACGCCCGCUCCGAAUAUACCACCAGUCAGGACGAUGGUACCGCGGAGCAUCGAAUCAACCAGUAUAUAAUCAGACAAGAGAUUGGCCGAGGGUCUUUUGGAGCUGUCCACCUCGCCGCGGACCAAUUUGGCAAUGAAUAUGCCGUGAAAGAAUUUUCAAAGUCCCGACUGCGGAAACGCGCACAAUCGCAUCUUCUGCGACGGCCUCGAGGACCACGUCGUCCGGGCACGGGAUUCAACUCGCCGCUUCAUCGCCAUCCGUCCGAGGAUGAUAAUGAGAACGCGAAGAACCCGCUCUACCUGAUCAAAGAAGAGAUUGCCAUCAUGAAGAAAUUGAAUCACAAUAACUUGGUAUCGCUGAUCGAGGUACUGGAUGAUCCGACCGAGGACUCGUUAUACAUGGUCAUGGAAAUGUGUAAGAAGGGCGUCGUUAUGAAAGUGGGGUUGGAAGAGCGAGCUGACCCAUACGACGAUGAGCAUUGCCGCUGUUGGUUUCGUGACUUAAUGCUGGGUAUUGAGUAUCUUCAUGCGCAGGGAAUUGUGCAUCGCGAUAUCAAACCCGAUAAUUGCUUGGUCACUAGCGAUGAUGUACUCAAGGUCGUCGAUUUCGGCGUGUCGGAAAUGUUCGCUAAGGAGUCCGACAUGUUCACGGCUAAGUCUGCCGGAUCGCCCGCUUUUCUUCCACCAGAGCUGUGUGUUGUAAAGCAUGGCGAUGUCUCGGGCAAGGCAGCGGAUAUCUGGUCCAUGGGAGUAACUCUGUACUGUCUUCGGUAUGGGCGCUUGCCGUUUGAGCAGCAGAGUAUUUUCGAACUGUAUGAGAGUAUUCGCAGUGACGAGGUGGUAUGUGAGGAUGAACAAGAUGAUCAGUUCAAGGAUUUGAUGGCCCGACUCUUGGAAAAAGAUCCGGCGAAACGCAUCAGAAUGAGGGACUUACGGACACAUCCCUGGGUCACCUUGAAUGGCACCAAUCCUCUUCUCUCAAAGGAGGAGAACACCGCCCAAAUGAUUGAACCCCCAACAGAAGAGGAAAUGAACAUGGCUAUCACAGGAAACUUUGGUCGCCUUAUGACAGUCAUGAAAGCAGUCAAGAAUUUCAAGCGGCUUGUCGACCCAGCAAAGGGAGGAGCAGGGCCGGCCAUGCAAAGUAUUCUCGGUGGCGAUGCCCAGUUCGUUGCCCCACCUAUGGAAAUGGACGAGAGUGAAGAUUUCCCAGAAGUUGGACUCGGUCAGGGUCAUGGCAGCCAUGCUUUGAACACAGGCUUGCGAAGGUUCUUAGGUAGAUCUCCCAUGUCUGCCUUGCGCCGAGAUCACUCCGGCCCCAGGCCCGGGGCCAGCGACUCAGCUAGUAUGUCUUCCCUACCAGAGCACAGUCCUGCGAGUAGCCGGCUGCCCAGCGGGGUGUUCGAACCAGAGCGUCGAGAGUCCGGCUCUAUACGCAGCGGUCGAUCAACAGGUAGAGCCGAUGAACGAUCCCAGUCUCCAAAACUUCCUCUCUCCAGAGCCAGCUCAGCCACCACAAAGCGCAGCAUGGAGGGAACAAGAGGACACGCUCGAGACCCAUUGGAAGAAAACUGGUCAUAUCUAUCCAUUGGACCGUCAACAUACACCGGGACAUCGCAGGAAGAAAAGCUCACCGGCAGCGAUCCAGUCCCGAUAUUCGCAGAGCCGGACAGCGCAGAAGACAUCGACCUACCCGGCGACGAACCCGUAGUUGUCAGCGAAUCACCCGGCGCAGCAGACUUCGACAUCUACGAAACUGCAUACAGCAAAGAACUAGAGCGUAUCCGAUCAGAAACCACCGCACUCAGCGCUGGCGCUGGCGCAGGCACCGGUGAAGAUGAAGAUGCAAUCCCCGGCCCGAAAGUCUACCUCACACGCCGCGUGGAAGGUAAAGACGAAGUGAUGAAGUUUGUGAAAGACAAAACCCUGAACAUACAAGUCGGGCAGAGGUUCAGCUCGCCGAUGCGCGGGCCAUCGACGGCAUUCGGUGCUGCGGUGAGUAUGCUUCGCAAUCAGAUUCAGCAGCAGAAAGAACAAACGACGCGUGAAGAGCAGAAGCAGGCUUCACAGCACAAUCAAGAUCAGGCCCAGGUCCAAGCCCAGCGGCAGGAAAGACGGGGCUCGCAUCCGUAUUCGUCUGCCUCUAUACCUGAGCCCGAACCCUCCGCCCUCGAGGCAACGGGUACACACACAGAUGUGCCGGUGACUGACUCCACGGCCCACUUGAGGCGGCUUCUUAAUAGGGUACGGGAUAAAUCCGGGGAAUGA